GACGGGGUGUGUCAUGCGGUGCCCCCCGCAGGACCUUCCCAUGGCUUUCCAGCAGAGAGUGGAGGCAGUGAGCAGAGGUGCAGACUUCCCCCGCUGCCCCCCGCUGGUCACUUUCACCCCAGGAACCUGCAAGCUGCUCAGAGCCAUGAUGAAGAAAUCCAAACUGACCAACUUCCAGCAGCGCCACCUCAUGGACACGGUGAAAAGAGGGGACCCUCUCCCGCUCCACUGCGGCCCCACAGCCAGCCAGAAGGUCCUGCCUUCCAAGGAGCCCAGCGCCGUCAUCUACCUGCCCCCCAUCCUGCGUGCCCGCUCCUGCCUCCGGCCGGCCAGCAUGUGCCAAGCCAACGGGGCAUACAGCCGGGAGCAAUUCAAGCCUCAGGCCACCCGAGACUUGGAGAAGGAGAAGCGAAGACUCCAAGACAUCUUUGCCAACGGGAAGGAGUCCGAGCCCCGGAAGAAGAAGUCCGCGCCCCCCAAGCAGCAGGAUAAAGCCACCCCCGAGCCAGACCGCUUUAAAGAGCUGGUGAAGGAAAUCGAGGAGAGGAAGGAUUUCCUGAGCGACAUGGAGGCCCUGGGCCAGGGCAAAGCGUUCCGGGCCAUCAUCCUGGCCGAGAUCUCCCAGAAGCUGCGGGAAAUGGAAGACAUUGACGCCAGGCGGAGCGAGGAACUCCGGAAGGCCCUGGCCGCCCUCUAGCCUGUCCCACCCUGGCCUCCAGCCACGGCCACUCAGCACUGCCCAGGCCUCGAGACCUCAAAGAACCGC